AGACAAGCAGUUGCGCGGAGAGCCUACCAAAUAGCCCACAAAACUUGGCAGUAAACUUAAAAUUCCAAAGGAAUUCCAGAAAUUUGACCUUUAGAGCGUACAAUGCUGAGGGCGUGGCUGCAGCGGAGAGGCAGUGCAGUUCUAGAAUAGGAGUCCUUGGCUCAAAUCCGCGUUAUUUACGCCUCGACUCGUUGUGUUUUCCGUUUGUUUUCGGCUGCUCCAGUUUUGUGCCUCCGCUCCGGAGAAACAGAUAAGAUAAGUGCAGUGCAGUUCGAAAGGGGAAAUACGAGUGAUUAAAAUCCAGCAGGUGAAUACUCAGUCAUACAUUGUGAAAGCCCAAGCUGAUAGUGACGUCACUAGUGCCGUGGAAUCGUCGCAGUUUAUGAACUGCGUUUAAGCAGAGGCCAAAAACAGAAAAGGCUGAAAGCUAAUGGAAGAAUUGCCUGCGCAAUAGGCCUAAAUUCAAUCACCUUCCUCCGUCUGUCUUACAGCAAUGCGGAUGGGCCUGGAGCUGGUUUGCCUGCUACUCCUGGCCACGGCCUCCUCCAGCUGGGCCGUCAAUUGUCCUUGGCCCUGUCGCUGUGCCUGGGUGGUGGACAGUUUGUAUGCCGACUGCUCGCGGAGGAGCCUCCACACCUUUCCCAACUUUGACGGCAUACCCGUGGAGCAUCUGGAUCUGUCUGGCAAUCAGUUUGGCCAGUUUCCCACGCAAUAUGCAGACAUUGACUCUCUGAUCUACCUGGAUCUCUCCAACAACCAGAUCUCGGCUCUGGAUGGUAAAUCCCUGAUUGGGUUCACCUCGCUGAGGACCCUGCUGCUGGCCAACAACUCAAUAGGGUCCUGGGAGGCCCUCAGCCCUAACGAAGCCUUUAAGUAUGCACCGAGCCUGAAGCGCUUGGGCCUCGACGGUAACCAUUUGGGCAGCUUUGGCAGCGGCGAGAGCUUCGAGCUGCUGACCAGUCAGUCUUUGACCGAGCUGGAGCUCUCCUCCUGCGACAUUUCCGCUUUGGGCGGCGACCAGCUGAUGAACCAGCUACCGAACCUAGAACGCCUCAAUCUGGCCAACAACCAGCUGACUCAGAUGGCGGCCUUGCCCUCGAGAAGUCUGCGCAGCCUAGACCUGAGCAAUUGCAGCAUUCAGCACUUGUCUGGCUUCUUCCUGGACUCUCUGCAGCAUCUGGAGGCCCUCAACCUAUCCCGGAACACACAGCUAGAGUUUGGCGGGCUCGAAGAGGAUCCCGUUUUGACCUUUGAGCUGCGCAAGCUGGAUGUGUCCUACUGCAACUUGGACAGCAUCGAUCUCAGCGGAUUGCCCCAGCUCACGGAGCUACGUUUGAGGGGCAAUCUUCUGAGAUCCAUCGAUGCCACUACCUUCGCCAACAACACCAUGCUAGAGGUGCUAGAUCUCUCUCAGAACGUGCUCCGCCUGCUGGGCCAAGAUGCCUUCGCCAACCUAAAGAGACUGAAGCAGCUGAACCUGGCCUUCAACGAAAUAGCCCGACUAGACAGGAACUUUAUCCGCAACAAUGAUGUGCUAGUGGAGCUCAAUCUCAGCCGGAACGUUCUGCAGAAACUGACCAGGAUCGUGUCCAACUCGGUGCGCACCAUCAACAUGAGCUGGUGCGAAAUAACCUUCAUCGACAGCUCUGCCCUGUCGAGUCUCUCGGUUAUACAGAAGCUGGACUUGUCCAACAAUCUGAUCAGCGACUUUCCCACCUUUAUGCGAUCGGAGACGCUUCAGGAACUGAACCUGGCCAACUGCAGACUGAGCACUGUGCGGAACAACACCUUCAGGGAGUUCCCUGAGCUGGCGGAUCUCCACUUGAAUGGCAACCGCCUGACGAGCCCCAUUCCGCCCUAUUACUUUGGCAGCAACAAGUUCCUGGAUCAGCUCUGGCUGGGCGAUAAUCCCUGGAUCUGCGACUGUCACAACCCGCUCUUUGUGGAGUUCUAUGACUUUUUAACAGCCAAGCCAGCCAAGAUCAAAGACAAGAAUCACCUGCGUUGUGCCGCUCCUGCUAUUUUCUACAACAAACUCUGGGAGUUUGCCUGCGCGGAUGUGUGGAUCCAGAAUGCCAGGAGUAGCAGUGGUGGCGAGAAGGCCUGGUCCAUUAUCAUGAUCACCCUGCUCCUGCUGGGCGGCCUCAUCUUGGCCUAUGCCUGCUUGCAAAAGUUCCUGAAGAAGCGCAAGGUCAGGGACAAUCACCGGGAGUAUGCUGAGAACGAUGAUGAGCUAAGACGCAUACGAGAUCUCAACGACCGCAUCCUCCUGGAAGAUGCCACUCCUAGCAUCCAUCAGCAACAGCAGGAGAUCAGCCUGCUUCCCUCGUACGAGGACGCCCUUCGCAUGCCCAAGCUGGUCAGGCCGGUCAAGUCAAUGAUGGACCUAUCGGGACCGGAGCGUGCCCGAAACUCCCGCAAGCUUCGACGCUCUCAGACCCAUGCCGAGGGCGAGGGCUCCCAGUCGGAGGCGGAGGACUCUAGCCUGCAGCUGGACAGCCGCCAGAGGUUCCGCAGCGUGGAGAUGCUGUCCAACCGGGACAAGGAGCGCACAGCGCAGUACGGACCCUACCGCCGCACAGGCCACAUGGAAUACAGCCAGUCUGGCAGCCGGCGCUUUAGCAUCGAGGACUCGCGCUUCCCGGCCGCCCACCUCAAGACCCAGAACCUGCAGAGCGCCGAACAGAUAGGCAACUUCCAGAGCUACGAGAACAGUCCCUACACGAAGCGAAAGCCCAAGAUAGCCGAAAUUCCGCCCUUCAAGCGCGUCAAUAUGGCGGCCGCGAGCGUAGAGUUCCUCACGGAUCCCGAGUACGAUGACGUCGAGGCCAGCAAGCCGGGCAGUCCGUUUGCCAAGAGGAAACCAAAGAAAUCCCUUCCACCGCCGCCCUCCAUGAAGGUCAGCGCCCAGGUCUAUACGCUGAAGCAGAGCCCGGUUCUAGAGCUGGAUCCAGCCGUCGAGGACUACUUCAGUGCGGCCAAGAAGCAGGCCUCCUCGUCCACCAUCGGCAGUGACUUCCAGGAGCUGCACGCCCCAGAGCUAAGAUCCCUGCCGGAUGAGAACCGCUCUAGUGCGUCCCCAUCCGAAUCGGAGCACGACCUGGAGCGAGCCAAGCGCCGGAAGCGAAAGAACUCGUCCAGCCGCCGAGUGAGCGGCAGCUUUACGGCGGCCAAUGCCGGUGAUGGCUCCUCCUCCUCCAGUGACACGGAGCAGCACGCCCGGGUGCACAGACCCAUGCGCGAGACUCUGUUCUAGGCACCGCAUACGAACCAUUUCCCUGUUAGUUAUCAUUUCCAUAAUAAGACUAUUUAAAAGCACCAAGAAACAAAAAUACAUAACACUGUAUCCACUUA